UGAAAGCAGUCACAAGAUUUGUAAAAAAACACAAACAAAAAUAGAUUCCUGCAAUCAAAUGGGAUGCUGAACAAUUGAAUGAAAGGUUUGAAUAAGACACAGAACUCUCAUGACAUUAAACAUAAAUCAUACAGGGAAAUAAUACCUUUAAGAUUUGAAAACUCCAGUUUUUUUCCGAUUUUUUUGGAAAUAAAUGUCUGACUUUACUGGAGAAGAAUUAAUACAAGCAGCCAUCUAUAAUCAACACGACCUUUUGACCUGUUUAUUGGAGGGAGAAUGUCAAAACUUCCUGAACAAGACUGAUAGAUGCCAUAGAACUGCUAUUUAUACCAGUGUGUCUAACAAUAGCUUCAGAUGCUUGCAAAUCCUUUUGGAAUAUGGAGCUGAUGCCAACAUCCCUGCUAAUGAACAAUUUAACUGUAUGACACCACUUCAUCUGGCUAUUUUAGAUGGAAAAGAGAAGAUAACUCAGUUGUUAUUAGAAUCUGGGGUUGAUGUCAACAUUAAGGAUGCUACUGGAUUAACUCCUUUAGAAUUGGCUAACAAUAUUGAUCGUGAUGAUCUUAUAUGUAUGAUUAAAUCAGAAAUAAUUGGAAGGAAAGAAAAGAUGGACACUGUAGGACAAGAUUUCCUGGAAGCUUGCCAAGAAGAUGAAUUAGCCACCAUGAGAAGUGUGUUAAAUAAAAGUCAAUCAAAAGACUAUGUUAACCAGAUUGUGGAAGGGGGGCUUACUCCAUUAUAUAUGGCAACAGAGAAAAAGAAUGCUGAGACGGUUGAGUUUUUAUUGGACCAUGAAGCAGAUCCGCGGGUGUUAGCCGAUAAUGGUUACGCUGCUAUACACAAAGCAUGUGAAGACGGGAGUACUGAUAUUAUCAAACUCUUUCAACAGCAUUGUCCAGAUGUAAUAGGAAUACAUGUACCCAAUGGUAAAUCUCUACUUCACAUAUGUGCUGAGUCGGGUCAAGUUAACUCUAUGAAAACUAUUCUUGACUUUAAAUACCCUCCAGAAAUAAUGAGAAUGUUUGAGGACGAGGAUUGUACAUAUAACCUCCCCUUAGACAUCAAUGCUAUAGAUAUGGAAGGACAGACGGUAUUACAUUUGGCUUGUAAAAAUGGAGAAGUAGAAAUUGUUAGAUAUCUUGUUGAUUUUACUGUUAAACCAAAAUGGAAGGGAAAGAUGGGAAGGACACGUGUAUCUGUUCGUAAAACCACGCCCAUUAGUCCAAGUUCAUCUCAGGUCAGUUUAUAUAGUCCCGUGAAGAUAAAUGCCGUUAAUAAUAAUGGGUUGAUGCCUUUACAUAUCGCUAUAAAGAAAGGAUCUGGUCAGAUCACAGAGAUCCUAUUAAAAGCCAAAGCUGAUGUCAGCGCAGUAGUCAAGGAUAAGGGUAAAGAAACAACGGCUCUUAUGAUAGCAUGUCAGCUGGGGGAUAGCUAUAUAAUGGAUAAACUACUACAAUAUAAUGCCACCGAUCAUGAUAAAAAAGUAUUUAAAUAUGCUAAACAUGAAAAUCCCCAAUUACUGUCCAUCUUAUUGAAGUAUCGUACAACCAGGGAUAAUGAAUUUCCUAUCAACAAAUCAGGAAUGAGGAAGGAGUAUCUAGAGAAAAUGUCAGGUGACCAAGACAGUUUUGACAGUGUCUCAUCAAUAAAUAUCAACUUUAAAAAGACAUUACCAUCGUUUGCUGUUCACAUUAAAUGGCAGGAUUUAGAACACGUUUCUGCUAUUGAAGAUGAAGAUCUGAAAUACAUUGGUUACCAUCACAACCCAUCAAUGGAGACAUUUAAUAGUAGGUUUGCCCUCUACGCCAUCACAAAGAUUGAUGUGUCUGGUAAUAACCUUGGGAUUCUCUUUCCCGACAAUUUGUUACGUCUGCCAUCGCUGCAUGUCCUAGAUGUUUCUAGAAAUAGAAUAAGUACAUUUGGAGUGGAUGUAAAGACUGAAUGUGACUUCUUACAAGAAUUACGAUUGGAUCAUAAUCACAUUGAUGAACUUCCACAUUAUAUCUUUAAGUUUGAGAAGUUAAAAGUUCUGUCUCUGGGUAACAAUUAUCUCAGAGAAAUAUCUCCCGAAGUAUGGGUCAUGCAAUCAUUGAUUGUAUUAAACCUGGCUGAUAAUAAGAUAGUAAUGUUACCGCCUCCAAAUCAGGGAAAAUCUUGUUCAAAACCACGGAAACUUUCAACAUUACAAUCUUUGCCAAGUGUGGACACGGGAACAUACAUACAAGAAAGUGAAGUUAAACAUUCCACUGUCUGGUCCACAUGGCUUAAUGUCCUGGAAACAGAAUUUGACAUGAUAAAUAAAGCAGAUCGACAAAACUCAGGACUACAGGACUUGAAUCUCUCACACAAUGAACUUACAGACAUUCCGUCAUGGCUAGCAUGUGUGGCCCCAUUCCUGGAAAAUCUUAAUUUAGCCCAUAAUUGGAUCUCCGGGGUGGGAAUGAUCAGCAGCUUCCCUCAACAUCUGAAGACGUUAGACCUGAGUAGUAAUAGAAUUCAAGAUACAACACAGUUCCAGUUCUACAGCAAGGACUAUGUUACAUGUUAUAGUUCUAAAGUAUCACUAGGGUCAAGACCAUCAUCGAGGGGAAGUCCCACUACCAGAUCAUUAACCAGUUUUUCCCAUCUAUCUGGGACUGGUUGUCAGCAUCAGAUGCACACUAUACUGGAACAGCUGGACACACUGAAUCUGAGUUAUAAUGAUCAACUGAAAUCUGUCAUAGUCACCAAGACAGGCUUGGAAGAUUUAUCAUUAACAACAGAGAAAUCAUUCAGGAAAAAUAGCUCUACUAAUAGUAUGAAAUCUCUGACAAUAGCUAAGGAUGAGAAGACCAAGAGAUUAUUAUUUCCCAAUCUGACGAGUUUGGAUCUGAGUUACAAUAAACACCUGACAGAACUACCAAUGGAUCUAGGGGAUCUUAGUAGUCUUAAAAGAUUGUGUUUAUCUAAAUCUAGUAUAAGAGAGCUACCACCUCAACUAGGUCGCCUGAAGAAUCUCUUGACCAUAGAGAUAGAGUUAUGUCCCUUGGAGGGUCAUAUCCAGGAUAUCAUAAGUAAAAAGGCAAACUUCAGGACCAGGGACAUAUUAGGAUUUUUGCUGUCUGUCUUAGAAGAUUCAGUAGAGUAUAACUGUAUGAACCUCAUGCUGGUUGGAGUAGAGAAGAUAGGAAAGACAACUCUGCUCAGUGAAAUUAGUCGCAAUCGUAGAACUGCUAAAAAAGCCACUCACUGGAAUGAGAGAAAGACCAUGAGAGAAGCUAGUUCUGAACCGUAUGGAGAAUUCCUUUCUACUGUUGGUAUUGAUAUUAAUGAACUUACUAUUGGAGAGAAAAGGUCCAAGGGUAUUGUUGUAUUUAAGACCUGGGAUUUCGGUGGACAGAAAGAGUACUAUGCCACACAUCAAUAUUUUCUUUCACCAAGAUCCCUUUACCUGGUCAUGUGGAAAGUUACAUCAGGGGAGCUGGGAGUGUUCGGUAUCUGGCAGUGGUUAGUUAAUAUACAGGCUAGAGCUCCUGGAGCACCUGUCCUCAUUGUGGGGACACACAAAGAUGAACUGACAGCCAGAGCCACCAGGGACAAUUAUCCUGCUAACUUUGAGGAGUCUAUGAAGAACAUGAUAGAUAAUUUGUUUGUGAAGGUUGAUGAACCAGACAAAGCAGGCUUACCCAACGUUCUUGGCAUGAUGAAUAUUAACUGUAAAGAUAGCUCAGACUGCAAGAAACUGGUCGAUAAAAUUUAUGACAUUGUCUUUGAACUCAAACACCCAAGGAGAAAACAUGAGAAAUUGUUAAACCAUAAAGUUCCCAGGAAGUACAUUCUAUUGAAGGACAUCAUACAGGAUUUAGCUGAGGAGAGAAUCAAGUGCAAGAAAGAUCCAGUUCUGGACAAAGAUUCAUAUGUGUUAAAGACCAUGGAUAAAAUGAACAACUUGUCACAAUCUUUGUUUAGAGAUGCUGAUGACCUUGAUCAGGCUACAAGGUUCUUACAUGAAAAUGGAAUAUUAUUUCACUAUGAAGGCAUUGGUUUGAAGGACCGAUACUUUUUGGACCCUCAGUGGUUAUGUGAUCAGUUGGCCCAAGUUGUUACAGUGGACCAAGUCAACAACUUUUGUAGAAAUGGUGUGAUGAAAAUCAAGAACUUACAAAAUUUAUUCAACAAGUCGGCCUUCCAACCUGAGGAUUUGCAGACGUAUAUCUGUGGUUUACUGGAGAAAUUUGAAGUGGCUCUACAGUUUGAUAGUAACAAACUAUUGAUUCCAUCACUCUUACCUACAGAGAAUGAAAUGGAACAUGUUAUCAAAACAAACAUGGAUGCUAAGAUAUAUCUGAUGGAAAAGGUAGACAAGCCUUCGCCUGCCUCUACAGUGUAUAGAGGUUUGGGAGAAUCAGUGUUGUCUGGUAAUCAGUCUACGACGUCUGCUCACAAGUUAGGAGAAUCAGUGUCACCAACUGGUUCAAUUAGUUAUCAGAAAGUCCAUGAUUCACCCACCUCACAGCUUAUCUUACUGAGUACCAUGGCAACCAACAAUGUUACAUUUGCAUGUGCAAGGUUAUACAUAAUGACCUACUUCCCCAGUGGCUUCUGGCCACGACUAAUUACCAGAAUGCUGGCAGAUCCUCAAAUUUUGCCGAUUGUUUUAGAACUAUUUCCUCUUCCACAAGAUGUAUCAGAUAUGUGUCCUGGUAUGAAACACAGGAAACCGUUCUGGCAGCCAUGGCAGACAGGUCUACAGUUAGUUCAUCACGGUACAGUUAUCUUCAGAAUCAAAGAGAUUCAGGCUGGAAAACCUGGUCUGUGUACCUACAGUCAACACAGUCUUAAAUGUUACUUAGAAGAUCAAUGGCUGCCAUUGGACAUGAAAAACAGUGUAGUUUUGGAAAUGUGCUUCCCAUCUGAUUCAAUAACAUUCAGUUUUGCAGAAAACAUGGAAAACAGACCAUACCAAACUUUAACCUCAUCAAGGAAAGAACAAAUAUUCCUGGAAGAGAAAGCUACAGCAGCUUUCCUAACCAAAGUAACAGAAAAUGUUGACAACUUGUUACAGGACUGGUAUCCAGAUAUAGCUUGUUCCCGGUUUGAACAGAACUGUUUUGGACGGUAUUUGAUUACCAGGAUUAUUCCUUGUCCAUACUGCCUACAGAACAUUGUUAAGAAGGAACAUGGGAAGGAUACCAGAUUACAAUGGCAGCUUGUUACUAAUGAUUCAGAGGUGUCCUCUUCUUUUGACCUUGAGGAGGAAACAGAUGAGGACGACGAGUCAUUUCUAUGUAUAUCUACAGAGAAUCCAGAAGAUACUUUGUUCUGUUUUUUGGUGGAGAGAUGCAUUCUUAAUUUCCAAAGGAACCAUGAUGAGAUAUGUCCAAAUCACAGUAGUGUGUCACCUAUGUACAUGUUGUCAAUGGAAGGUCUGGCUAGAACCCUGCAUAUAGCCCCUGAUGCAGUUUUCAAUGACCUUGACAGAAGUGUAGUGAUUGGCCAGACAGAUACUUUGACAAUGGAGAAGAAACUAGGUCGUGGUGGAUUUGGGGAUGUUUGGUCUGGUAAACUGAGAAGGAUAGAGGAGAAACCAAAAGAUGUGGCUGUUAAGAUCCUGUUUGAAUUUCCAUCUGUAAAGCCUCGACCAGAUCAACACCAGCUUUACUUAGAAAUGGCUGUAUCAGCUUACCUGACAGCCCGACAGGAAGUAUCUAUCUUACGGAGCAUCAGACAUGAUCACAUUGUACCAUUGUUAGGUCUCUCAGCACGACAGCCUCUAGCUCUGGUCCUGAGUCUGGCUCCUAAAGGAUCACUGAGGAAUGAACUGGACAUGAGGAAUAAGAUCAAUGCAAGACUAUCAGUGUUUACAAUUAAACAAAUAGUCAUCCAGGUAGCAGAUGCCCUGUCCUAUUUACAUUCUGAGAAGAUCAUAUAUAGAGAUUUAAAGUCUGACAAUGUCCUUAUAUGGGAUAUGCCGUCUGCUGAUACUAUUGAUGAUAUCAUGGAACCAGUCACUGUCAAAAUGGCCGACUAUGGUAUCAGUAGGUCAGUCAUGAGUACUGGUACUAAAGGAUUUGGUGGUACUCCUCCAUUUAUUGCACCAGAAAUACUGCAACAUGGGGGUACCAGUACAUAUACAGAAAAAGUCGACAUAUUUUCUUUUGGGAUGUUUUUGUAUGAGUUGAUAACCUGUAAGAACCCAUUAGAGGAUGUUACCAAUCCAUCGUUGUAUAUCUGUCAGCAAGGUCGUCCACAUAUUACUCCUAAGGAAAAACAAUACCCCUCCCAUUUUCUGGAUCUGAUGUGUGUAAGCUGGUCACAUGACCCAGAGAAUCGACCAACAGCAGAACAGAUUUGUCAGAUAUCUGCUAGUCACCAGUUUUGUCACCUGGCUGAUGCUGUGUCUUUGAACUCUAGUGUUGGCAUACUGAAUGGAUGUUCUGUGGUUGUUUCUGAUACAGUUGAGGAAGAUGAUAUAGAUGACAUGGUUCCCUUGACAACGGAUUUAUGGUUGAGUACAGAUCCGUCUCAGUUUACGUCCAGAAUUGAGAUCUUUUCAUUUGAUUCCAGACUGAGGUGUACAUCAAAUAAGACAAUCAAAUAUGAACCAGGAUAUCCUAUAGAAGCUUUAAUUAGUGUGUCUCCUACACAUGUGUGGUGUGUAGACAAACAAGGCUCUGUCUGUGUUUAUAGUACUUCAUCUUACGAGUGUGUGUGGGACUUUAGACUAACACCACCAGACACCAGAAUACAGGUAUUAGGUCACAGGAAGUUAACAUUUGAUGUGAAGAUUGUUGUGAAGCGUGACACAGGGAAGAAAGCUACGGACAUCCUAGAUGUAUAUACUAUAUCUAACACCAUUCAUACCUCUGAUAGUAAGGACAGUCUAGGUCUACUGACAGGAAGUGGGGUAGAACAUAAAGAACUUACUGUCAAUGGAAGGUGUUUCUGUGCUGUUUUUCAUGGGAACAGCUUAUGGUUAGGACAAUCUUAUGGGAAGAUCUUAGUGAUAGAUUUGGAGACUAACGGUGAACAGUACCUAGAAACAUCAAAUGUUGGUAUACCCACAAUUCAAUGUCAGUUCCUGGAGGUCUCUAGCAAGUUAGAUAACUCUGUAUGGGCUUAUAUUUAUCCAGGUACUGUUAUAUACAAGUGGAAUGCAGAGACAUUGAUGAUAGAUGGGAAGUUUGAUUCACAUGUUGUACCUAAUUCUGAAGCAAGUCAUGUCUCUACUCAUGUUUAUGAAGCAAGGAACUACCAAAUCACCUCUAUGAAGGUCAUAGAUAAGUACCUUUACAUGGGUACGACAUGGGGAUGUCUGAUUGUAGCAGAUGCUGAGAAUCUACAGGUAGGACCAUACACAGUGUUCCGUUGUCAUGGUAGUGAAGAUUUCCGUAUAAUUCUACCGUUACACGAUGCCGAGGAGGAAGACAGUGUUCCUGGUAUUAUCACCAUAGGAACAGGUUUCCGUGACAUUGUCAAACAAGCGUCAGGAUUUGAUACUCGGCACACUAACAGUGAUAGUAGUGAUAACGUGUUUGAAGAUGAAAGUCCUAAACGUUCUGCCAUGAAAAAUCAUACUCAUAUACUGUCUUGGUAUGCUAAGAACUGGGAAUAUUUCUGAUACUAGAUCCUCCUGAUUGUAAUAUUUGUUUUGUUGUAAAUGAAAUCCAUAAUAUACUUGCCAAAUAUUUAUUGAAUGUACUGUAAAUUCAGAAAUUAUUGCAUUCAUUUAUAAUGUCAAUUUUGUCUUUUUAAACUAAAAUGUGAUUUGAAUUUUUGCGAUAUCAAGACAAAACUAUUUAAUACUUAUAAAACAAACUAGUAAUGAAAUUUUAAAUAAUUUCUAUUAAGACCUUGUCACAUUUUUGCAAUAACAAAAGCAUUGCAAUAAUAUCUUAAUUUACAGUACAUUGCCUUAGGAUUAACUAUGUUAUAUUUUAAGUAAUAUUUAUUAUUCAGCAUUCCAGUACACACACCUCAUAACAUUCCAUCCCCACCAUUAGCACUGUAUGAUCUCAGGUUACAAGAUUUUUACAACACCUAAGAUUGGUGAUGUACAUUUUUUUGUCUAUAGCUUUUAAUGUGCCAAUCUGCCUAGGAGUCAGGCAGUGGUGAAAACUUGACAAAUAAAAACCCACUAAAGUUGACAUUAGUUCUUUUAAAAUGUACAAUGGUGCACAAAUAGCAUAUAUUUCCCUUUCCUGUUCUGGUAAUUCAAGAUAUACAUUUUUAAUUUGGUUACAAUUAAGGGGAGCUUACUCUGUAAAUUGAUCUCAUUCUGAGUAAAAGUUAUCUAGAGAUUUCUCAAAUUACCAGACACACAGAAAUGAUAGACCUCAGGAUAAAUGUUUCCUUAAAAAAUUGGGGCGGUUUAAUAGAUCCGUGGGUGUUAUUUCAGCCAUCUUUUAAAAAAAAAAAAAAUUGCCUGAUUCUCACUUAGACUGGCAAUUAACAAUUAAUACCAUGUAUAAGUAAAAAACAAUUUUGUCUAUUUUGUUACACCCUUUUUUUCUUGUCUUGCAUUUAUACUUUAUUUGUAUAAUCACCAUUUUUACUGAUGUUACAUUUAAGGUCAAGUGACAGUAAAUGGGCUAUGUCACAGAUUUCAGUAAAAUUUGACAUACAACUCUGGCUCGAUGAACUUCAACUGAAAAUCGAAAAAAUAAUGUAUUUAUCUCAAUAAUCAUUUGAAAUAUUAC